AUGGGUAACGUGAUGGACUCGUUCUUCACCGGUUUCUCUCAUUCCAUCGGAGACUUCUUUGGUUCUCCACUUGACUUUCUCUCUGGAAAAUCUUGCAGUACCGCUUGUCCAUCACCGUGGGAUUUCAUAUGCUACGUCGAGAAUUUCUGCGUGGCUAAUCUUGCUAAAACCGCUUUGAUCCUAAUCGUAACCUACGUCUUCCUAUUCUUCGUCUACAUGUUAUACAAAGUUGGGUUUUGGCAUUGCAUCAUCCACGGUUUCUGGAGUCUCCUCUGGGGUUUAGUCUCUUGUUGGUUCUACAUUCUCAGCAACUGCUUCAGUUUCUUCUGCAACAAUCUUCUGCGUAUUAAGCGCCAAAGAAGACGCAGAUAUACAGAGGAUGAUAGCGGUGAUGACGAUGAUAGUGAUGAUGAUGGGUCGUUGAGAUAUCAAAGAUCGAGACGAGAAUGCAGAAAAGAAGAGCGACUUAGAAAGUCUCUGAGAGCAAGGAGCCAUCGUGUUAGUGUUGGUGUGAGGAAAGAUCAUCGUCCUGACUCCUGUUUAAGCCAACAGGGUGGUGGUGUUGGUCAUGCUCAUGGUAUUAGAGUGAGCAGAGAGUCUAAAUUCGCAAGGAAAGGCUCGAAACGCAGAACUCGAGCUCACCAUGGUCCUCGUAGACCCGGAAAUGAAUAA